UUACCACAGUGACCGCAGCAACAGCUGGCGACGCCCACCUGGAGAAGCUGCCCCUGCCCUACAGCCCGCCUCCUCCCGAGGCCCCGCCCCCCCGGGCUCCAGCCUAUGACGGAGGAGUCCGAUACUUCAGCCUGUCUGACAGCACUGAUGGCCACACCCCCGAGGUCUACUCCCCACCGCCAUCAGAGCACAUCCACCAAUCAGGGCCCAGUAGAGGCGGGGCCGCCCCGCCCUCAGCCAAUGGGCAGAGGCUGAUGGAGGAGUGGAGGGGCGGAGCAAGGGAGGAGGGCGGACGGAGGGCCAAGCAGCCGCUGCUGACGGAGAGCGAGGCUGCACACACUCCUCCCACUCCACGCACACACACACACACACACACACACCCCGCCGUUCUGUCACCCAGCAAGGCAGAGCAAGAGCUGCAAGCCCAGAGGGAGGCAGAGAGAGAGAGGGAGAGGGAGAGAAAGGGAGAGAGGGAGAGGGAGAGGGAGAGGGAGAGAGAGAGGGAGUGGGAAAGAGAGAGAGGACUGGCCAAAGAAAGAGAGAGGGAGAAAGAGAGAGAGAGGGAGCUACAGAGGGAACACGAACGAGAGGAGCGUGAGAGGGAGAGAGAGAGAGAACAAGAGCUCGCCAGGCGGAGGAGAGAGAGGGAGCAAGAGAGUGAGAGAGCAAAAGAACGUGAGCGGGAAAAAGAGCGUGAGAAGGCGUGCGAGAGGGAGAGGGAGAGGGAGAGGGAGAGGGAGAGGGAGAGGGAGAGCUCCGCAGUGUCACAGACACACACACGCGCUCACACACACACACACACACACCAAGCCCUGCAUACGGAGAAGGAGGCCAGCGACAGAGCCACUAGAACAGAUGUGCUACAGCCAAGUUCAUCAGGAAGACCAGUGGCCCAGACGGUUCCUUAUCCACACCCAUACACACCGACCUCACCCCCAGCGCAGCCGUACACACACCCAUACACACCGCCACCACCUCCAACCCAGCCGUACACACACCCAUUCACACCGGCCUUACGCCCAGCGCAGCCUUACACACACCCAUACACACCGACCUCACCUCCAACCCAGCCGUACACACACCCAUACACACCGCCACCUCCAACCCAGCCGUACACACACCCAUACACACCGCCACCACCUCCAACCCAGCCGUACACACACCCAUACACACCAGCCCAAACAUACGCCCACCCCCAACCUCAUGUACAGACACACACACACCCCCAGAAUCAGCCUUACAUAGAAACACACACACACACCCCUCCCCAGACACACACACACACCCCUCCCCAGACACACACACACACCCCUCCCCAGACACACCCACAACCUCACGGGCCCUCCUACCUCUCUCAGACCUACGGCGAGGCUCCGCCCCCACCCAAACCACAGACCUAUCUGCAGGCCCAGAGCCACCCCUACAGCCCGCCCCCACCCCUGGCCACGCCCCUGGCCCCGCCACCACAGCCACUCCCCCAGACAUACGGACAGGCCCAUGCACCACUGAGGCAGCCCUACGUCCCGCCCCCACAUGCCCCGCCCCCACAUGCCCCGCCCCCACAGGCCGCGCCCCCACAGGCCCAUGCACCACUGAGCCCCCCCUACGGCCAGCCACAGGCUCCGCCCCCUACCCAGCCCAAACCAACUCCACCCCCCUACUCCCCUCCCCAGGCCCCGCCCCCUCCCCCCACCUACCCCAAACCACAGCCCUCUGCAGGCAGCCCCAGUCCCUCCGUGCUGCCCCCCCCAGGCCCAGGGCCCUACGCCGCGACCCCCCCCACCCCGCUGAGCCCUGAGCCAGCCGAGGACAUGAGCUCCCUGUCCAUCAAGGAGAGGUUGGCUCUCCUGAAGAAGAGUGGGGAGGAGGACUGGAGGAACAGGAUCAAUAAGAAACAGGAAGUUGCUCAGGAAGUGGUCUCUGCUAGUGAUGACAACGCCCAAAUAUGGCAGGAGCAAGGCGACAGGAAGAAGGAACAAGUCUUUGCCUCCACUUACUCCUCUCCUCCUCCCAUGCCAUUGAACGUAAAGUCCCCGUAUGUAGAGCAGCAGCCUGCAGGAGAGGAGGGGGAGGGGCAGAUGUCCAUCGAGGAGAGGAAGCAAAAGAUCUCCAUACGGGAGGAGGCGUGGCAAAGCACAGGCAGGGGCGUGGCCAAUGACUCCAGCCAGUACACAGUGGCCGCACGCAUGGUGAAGAAGGGUCUGGCUGCCUCUUCCUCCAUCAUCAGUCCCAUCCUGUCUCCAGUCUCAGCCAAACUCAAAGGCAGCAGCCCCACUGUUAGCAAACCACAUGAGGAGCUGGAGGCUCGACCUGAGAUGGAGUCUGAUAAGAAGCUGGACAAGUUGGAGGCCUUCAUUGGACGCCUCAACAGCAAGGUGUCGGAGCUGCAGGAGACGACCCUCACGGUGACGGAGCGCGCCGUAAAGGAAGUGAUGCGUCUGGACGAUGAGGUCUUCUCCAAGUUCUACCGCCAUGUGAGCGAGCUGCCGCCGUCGCCAGGGAACAUUCGCCUUGACGACGACUUCGACGCCAUCUUCGGCAAGCAGAUGCCAAAGUUAACCUCAGCCAUGGUGCAGCACAAGCGGGCGAUGCGUCCCUCCAGGAACGUCCCGUCUUCACGGAACCCUCUGAGGAUCCUGGCCGCCAGAGAGGACAUCCGACACGAGUACACCGAACAGAGACUCAACAUCGGGCAGCUGGAGAGCAACAGGAUGAAGCAGGAGAAAACAGUGAUCAUGAGUAAGAGCUGUAGUCUUUCCGAUGCGGCUCUAGCAGGCUUGGCCAGUAAGGAGAACUACAGCAGCGUGAGCCUCAGGAGCGCCUCGGUCUCGGAGCAGCUCACCAACAACAGUGCUGCCCCCUUCAGGAAGACCAUGCUCAUGCAGGUCAAAGGUCGGCGUCACGUACAGACUCGGCUGGUGGAGCCGCGGCGGUCCUCUCUGAACAGCGGAGACUGCUUCCUCCUCGUGACCCCUGACCUCUGCUGCGCCUGGAUCGGAGAGUUCUCCAACGUCAUUGAGAGAGCCAAGGUGUCAGAGAUGGCUAACUUCAUAAUGACCAAUCAUGACCUGGGUUGCCGGGCAACUGAGGUCGUAACCAUUGAGGAGGGGGUCAACACCCCAAGUCCAGCCGCUGCAGAAUUCUGGAAGGUUCUUGGAGGAUCGGCCAGUUACCAGUCGGCUGGUCCUCCUGAGGAAGAUGAGCUGUUUGAGAGUGCCAUUGUUGAGACCAACUGCAUCUUCAGGCUGGUUGAUGACAGACUGCUGCCUGAUGAUGACUACUGGGGCAGAGUCCCUCCCUGUUCAAUGCUCGACUCUAAAGAGGUGCUGGUCCUUGACUUUGGCAGUGAGGUGUAUGUGUGGCACGGCCGUGAGGUGACUCUGGCCCAGAGGAAGGUGGCCCUGCAGCUGGCCAAGCACCUGUGGAACGGCACCUUCGACUACUCCAACUGUGACAUCAACCCCCUGGAUCCUGGAGGACGCAACACACUCAUCCCCAGGAAGGGACAGGGCCGUCCUGAUUGGGCCAUUUUCGGGCGUCUGACGGAGCACAACGAGACGACUCUGUUCAAAGAGAAGUUCCAGGACUGGGGGGAGGAGAGAGCCAGGAGAGCCACGCCCCCUCAGAGCGAGGAGAACCCGGAGCCGAGGGACAAGGUUGAGGUGAGCACCAGAGAGGUGUGUGGCGAGUCGUGUGCGUAUGACGUGCGUCUGAUGCUUCCUCUGCUGGAGACCCCAAUCGGCACACGUCUAGAGGGGCAAAACAUCGGCCGCGGUCACGGACGGGUGGAGGGGGGAGAGGAGGACGGGCUGCGGUCCCUGGAGGUCAGCACCACGGGCGUGGAGGCGUGGCACAUCCUGGAGUUUGAUUACAGCCGUCUGCCCCGGCAGAGUGUGGGCCAGUUCCACGAGGGAGACGCCUACGUAGUCAAGUGGAAGUACAUGGUCAGCGCUGCAGUUGGGAGCAGGCAGCGGGCGGACCAGGCCCGCAGCGCCCCCACUGGCCGGGAGAAGGCCUGCUACUUCUUCUGGCAGGGCAGGAACUCCUCUAUCAGCGAGAAGGGAACCUCUGCACUCAUGACCGUCGAAUUAGACGAGGAGAGGGGCGCACAGGUUCAGGUCCAGCAGGGGAGGGAGCCCCCAUGUUUCCUGCAGUGUUUUAACGGAGGGAUGGUGUUGCAUGCUGGGAAACGAGAGGAGGAGGAAGAGGAGAACAUUCAGAACGAGUGGCGUCUGUACUGCGUGCGUGGUGAGGUGCCGGUAGAGGGCCACCUGCUGGAGGUUGCGUGCCACUGCAGCUCUCUGCGCUCGCGCUCCUCGAUGGUGCUGCUGGGGGUGCGGCCGGCGCUCAUCUACCUGUGGCACGGCUGCAAGGCCCAGACACACACACGCGCCGUGGCUCACACUGCUGCCGAGCGCAUCAAAGAGCAGCGGCCGCUGGAGGCGGGGCUUCACAACAGCUGUCAGGUGACCAUCCAUGAGUGUGAGGAGGGGGAGGAGCCUCUCGGCUUCUGGGAGGCUCUGGGCAGGAAGGAUCGCAAGGCCUACGACUGCAUGCUGAGAGACCCCGGGAUGUUUGACUUCACCCCGCGGCUGUUUGAGCUGAGCAGCUCGUCGGGGGAGUUUGUGGCGCGGGAGCUGUUCCACGCCUCCAGGGUCCCCGACCUCGUCAGCUCCCAACCCUUCCUGCAGGAGGACCUCUACUCCGCCCCCCAGCCAGCUCUCUUCCUGGUGGAUAAUGUCCAUGAGGUGUACCUGUGGCAGGGCUGGUGGCCACAGGACUCGGAGAGCCCUGGCUCCGCCCACAUUCGCUGGGAUGCAGACAGGAAGUGCGCCAUGGAAACCGUGCUGCAGUACUGCCGAGCUAAGAAUGUGAAGAGUCCCCAGAAGUCGUAUCUGAUCCACGCUGGUCUGGAGCCUCUCACCUUCACCAACAUGUUCCCCAGCUGGGACCACCGUCAGGACAUCGCCGACAUCACAGAGAAGGAGGCAGAGGUGUGUAAUCAGAUCAUCCUGGUGGAGGACGUCCUCGCUCGUCUCUGCCAGAACACCUACCCACUCGCUGACCUAAAGACACGCCCCCUCCCUGAAGGUGUCGACCCCCUACGCCUGGAGAUCUACCUAUCAGAGGAGGACUUUGAGCGAGCGUUGGACAUGAAGAGGGAGGAGUUUGAGGAUCUGCCUGGCUGGAAGCAGGUGAACCUGAAGAAGGCCAAAGGACUCUUUUAGCAACCUGGCAACUGUUGCCAUGGGGACUUGACUGUCCAGCACCGGGUGGGGCCUGAGCUUGAUGAUGAUGAUGAUGAUGAUGCUGAUGAUGCUCUGCCCAGCUCGUCAGGAUGGCUUUGGGGUUGAGGCACACGCACGCGCACAUGUACAGCGAGGAGGACGACGUUCCCGUUUAAGGUCACGCCAGGUCGAGCAGACUGCCGUUUAAGGUCACGUCAGGUCAAAGGUCAAGCAGACUGCUUGUUCACGGACUUAUUUACUGUGUGGGUCUUCUUUUUUUUCUGUGUGUGUCUGUCUGAGUGUAUGUGAGUGUGUGUGUGUGUGUGUGUGUGUGUGUGUGUGUGUG